AUGCGACUGCCAUUGGGUUGGACAGGCUCUACCUGCUCUCGGGGUGGCACCGCCGGGUGCGUCGUCGCAGGCCGCCUAGCAGCCGCAGACCCCUCCCUGCGCAUCCUAGUCCUCGAAGCGGGCCCUCCUACGCACGAAGACCUCGCACACACCCAGCCGGCACGAUAUCUCACGCAUCUCCUCCCCGGCAGUCGCACCAUCAAGCUCUACGAAGGGAAGGAGAGCGAAUUUCUGGGCGGGAGGAGACCCGUCGUUCCGUGUGCGCAGUGCUUGGGCGGCGGUUCGAGUGUGAAUUUCGCGAUGUAUGCGCGUGCGGCGGCGUCGGACUACGAUGACUGGGAGACGGUACAUGGGAAUCCAGGGUGGGGUUCGAAGGACCUGCUCCCACUAUUCAAGAAGUGCGAGACGUACCAGGUCACGUCGGGAAAGGAGACACAUGGUUACGAAGGGCCUUUGAAGGUAUCGUACGGAGGACACUUCACGAACCUCGGGCAGCAAUUCCUCGACGUAGCCAGUCGGUACGACAGAACCCGCAGAGUGACCGACGACCCGAACGACCUAGGCGAAUGCAAUGCGUGGAUCGACGCUGAGAAGGGAACAAGGUCAGACGUAGCUCAUCACUACAUCUACAACCAGGCGCACAACAAAAACCUCAUCAUCAUGACCGGCUUUCACGUUAGGAGAGUCAUCUUCGACGGGAAACGUGCAGCAGGAGUAGAAUACGUCCCGAACAUCAGGGUGCACCCUGAGCUCGAGCUGGGUGAGGUCCGCGUAGCCAAGGCUUCCCUGAUGAUCGUCCUUUCCGCGGGAGCGUUUGGGUCCCCAGCAAUUCUGGAGAGGUCAGGUAUCGGUGCUGAUCGUCUCAUGCGAUCACUCGGGAUCGCGCCUGUCGUCGACUUACCUGGUGUCGGCGAGAACUAUCAAGGCCCGUUCAUAUACCACGACGUCUGCUUCACGCCGUAUCUAGUAGGCGAGGAAGCAGACACACUGGACGGGAUCAUCCGCAGUGAACCGAAGGAACUUGAGAAGUGGUCUGCACAGUGGCUAGAGAGUGGUAAUGGCUUGAUGGCGCAUAACGGUGUCGACGCAGGCAUCAAGAUACGACCCUCUGAGAAAGAGUUGGACGACAUUGGCCCUGAGUUCCGACAGCGAUGGGAGGACUACUAUGCGAACUCACCUGAUAAACCAGUUUUCUGGCUGGGAGCUCUUUCGAUGUUCGUCGGAGACCCAUCUACAGUACCAGCAAGAAAGUACUGCUCAGCGGAUUACUUCCUCGACUAUCCCGCAUCCAUUGGCUACGUCCACAUCACAUCCGCUGACAACGUGAACGCUGCUCCGGACUUCGACCCAAAGUACUUCAGUCGCCAAGAGGACGUCGUGCUUCUGCGCUGGGCAUACAAGCGCGGCAGGGAGAUAAUGCGGCGCAUGCCCUUGUACCGCGGAGAGUACGCACCUGCCCACCCUCAAUUCCACGAGGACAGCGACGCAGUUUGUCGGCAAGACAGGCCGCCCGUAGAUGUCAUCGCGCCGGAUAUCGUGUAUACGAAGGAGGAUGAUGCGGCGAUAGACGAGUUCUUGCGGAAGUACGUCUCGACGACCUGGCAUUCGAUGGGGACCUGUGCGAUGAAGGCGCGCAGUGACGGCGGAGUAGUAGAUUCCCGCCUGAGGGUCUAUGGAGUAGAAGGGCUCAUGGUGGCAGACUUGUCCAUUGCGCCGGCCAAUGUCUCUGCAAAUACAUACUCGACUGCCGUCGUGAUCGGAGAGAAGGCAGCCGUUCUCGUCGCAGAGGAGCUUGAAAUACGCGGUGUCUGA